AUGGAUAUAGCCUGGAACCCAUGGAUGGGAAUGGAUUCGAACUCGUUCGAAAUCGAAGGCAAUGAUUGCAACAACUGGAAAGUUGUACGGCCAUUCCAACCCGAGGUAGAUGAGAUUCGAUUUAAUGCCCAAGCCACGGCCCCACUGCCUCUCGAAGCCGUUCAAGACUUAUUCAGAAUCUACAAAACAAAAAUUCAAUCACCGUUGGUACCCGCGUCGGGCGAUGCGUUGGAAGCAGUGUACGUGACCAAGGACUUUUUCCAGGCCUCUCCUGGUGGAGUUACAUCAGAUUCACUGAAGGAUGACACGCUGGCUUUCUUCUCAAUCGUCAUGUCCUACGCCAAGACUUCAACAGAUUUCAGCUCGGAGCCGGGUAGAAGUAUCAAGAGUAUCAUUCCGAUAAUGCCACGCAACGAUUUCACCACGAUCUAUAAGAGAUUGAAGGAGGAUAAUGCCAUACCCACCAUCGACGGAUCACUGUGGGACCUAGUCAGCAAGCUUUCAUGCUACAAGAAUGAAGGCGAUGAUGGCACCACUAUAGCGUAUGUUGAACGCAUCCCAGCUGCACUGCGAUGCUAA